AUGGCCGAUAAUACGACUCGCUCUACGCCUGGCGUAUUGGAUGAUUUACUCAGCCCUCCGAAUCUCGCAAGACUUUCUGAGCUUUCAGAUAAGUUACCGGACUGCUUUGAAUCAAGCACAGUGGAUGUUUCGUCCUCGAUAACUUCCGUCGGUGAUGCGGAGCUCCACGGUGCCAUCCUUCUGGCCGUUGCUUAUAUCUCCUCAAAGGCGCAAAGCGAUCUGGAGGACGCCCAGCUGGGAGACCUUGUCAGGAGUCUUGCUGGAAAGGCGAUCAUAUUAAGGACGAGCAAAAAAGAGUCGGAUCUUAUUAUAGAAGCAGCUGUUGCUGGCAUUGCUAUUGCAUCUUCUACCCACUCGCUGGUUUUAGACAAGGAUCUUCUGAUCAAGUUGACGGCUGUUACGGAUCCCAAUGAUCCAUGGACAACUGGUGUCGCUGCAUCGGUAGCCUCUAGGGUUUUGGCUCAACAGAUUUCAGCUGAGAGGCUACCAGGUUUCAUCGCCAAUGACAUCCUUGAAAGCACUUUGAAGCCAUUAUUUACAAAACAUUCGUCGAGAAUCACAGCUUCAGGACGACCUUCCCAGUAUGCCACAGUAGACGAUCGGUCACGGGCAUUUUCAGAAGUGCAGUCAUGGAGAAGCAAGGUCCCCUGGGCGGAGGCCACGAUACAAUGGACCAUCAACACAUCUACCGCACCAGUCAUCAAAGAACAUUGGCCUUUGUUCAUGCCAGUUUUGCUGGCGCUUGUGGAGGACGAGUCGAUCGAAGUCAAAGCAAAAGGCCUGAAAUCACUGACUGUCUUUGUGGAAAAGUGCCCAGCACAAAUACUGCAAGGCCGGGGCAUAGGGCGUGUCUUUGCAGACGUUACGUUCCCCCUCCUACUCUACCUUCCCAGUGUUACCCCGGAGAAUGAAUCUAUAACCAUCAUUGGCCCGGCUUACGACGUGCUCAUUAAGCUGGCAGAGUGCACUGGAAGCCCAGAAAACACUGAACGUCGCAGGUUCUUUGACAAGAUCCUUCGAGAUGGUGUAUUUGCUGGCUAUCAUCAUGCGUCUCAGUACAUGCGUAUAAUGCAGGUUCUCAUACAGAAAACUGCAGCGGUAAUUAAUUGCAUGGGUAUCUACUCGAUUAAGCACCUCUCGCCGCUUCUCUCAAUGUCGUCGUCCAUUAUGACAGACCCUUUUGCAGUCUCGUAUCCCCCAACUCUCCUGGCAACAACACAGUUGAUUGGCGCAAUAAUCGGCAAUGCGUGGCCUCGGAUCCGCGAGCCUGAGCACAUGGAAAACGUUAUUCGGAUCUUGUCGUUGUGCUGGCUCAACACCCUGGAAGAGAUUGAAGAUGGCGUGUCUCAAGUCCAGAAAAAGGAUCUCCAAGCUCUGUCUCAAGAACUGGAAAGCAAGGCCAAAGCUUUGGAGGCACUUUGGACCGAGGAUACCUCCAAACGGCCAUCGGAUCUUGAUGAAGCGUUGGAAAAAGAACCAAAACUAGCAAGACUGUUUUCCACCGCCUCGGCUUGA